UUCGUAACCGUGUUUUCGAACCGUCAUCCAUUUUCCGGGGAGUUUCCGGCAAAAUCCAUCGUUCUCCGGGCGUUAGAAUCAUUGUUUUCAGGCGUGAAAAUUAAUUUUUCCGGUGUUUUGUUGGUAAAAGGCGGUUUCUAGAGCAGUUGGAAAAGCAUCUUUGACUAUUUGUAACUUUCCGACGGUUUUGCUCGCCGUUAAAUCCCCUGCUCACCUUCAAAGAAAGCGGUUCGUCAGGGAUAAACAGGUUUUCUGGUGAAAAGCAAUUUUACUGUGGAAAAGAUCGGUAUCCCGGCGAAUUUUGGUUUCUUUUCCGGUGAAAUUCUGGUUUAUCUGGCUCUUUUCUGGAUUUUACAAGAGGGAAAAGAUGAAUAGAGAAGAUCUGAAUCUGAGUUUAAGCUUGAGGAGAGUCGGAGAUUUCGAGUUGAAUCUGUUACCCAGAAAUUGCAGAAAUGAUUCUUCCAGUUUAGAUAGAUCAGAGACAGCUAGAUCAAUCCUAAAAUCCUUUGAUGUGAACCGGAUUCAGGCGACAUCAGAUAGGAUUCCGACAACAACCGAUGCGAUUCGAUCAGAAAUCAGCCGGAUUCCGGCAACACCGAACAUGGCUGGAUUCGAUGUAAAUAGGAUCCCAGUCAUUUCAGAGUGCGAAGAAGAGGCAGUGGUGUCGUCGCCAAUGAGCACAGUUUCGAGCUUGAGCAUGAGUGGCGGGAAGAGAGAUGAGCCGGAGGGGGAGAGAGCGAGCUCGAGGGGAUCUAGUGACGAGGAGGAUGGUGGUGAGGCUGCAAGGAAGAAACUUCGAUUGUCAAAGGAUCAAUCUGCAGUUCUAGAGGAGAGUUUCAAGGAACACAAUACUCUUAACCCGAAGCAGAAGCUCACUUUGGCAAAGCAGUUGAAUCUUCGCCCUCGUCAAGUCGAAGUCUGGUUUCAGAACCGAAGAGCAAGGACUAAGUUAAAGCAAACAGAAGUAGAUUGUGAAUUUUUAAAGAGGUGUUGUGAAAACCUGACUGAAGAGAACAGGAGGCUCCAAAAAGAAGUGAUGGAGCUAAGGUCCCUUAAGCAAACCCCUCACUUCUAUAUGCACGUGCCUCCCGCUGCCCUGACGAUGUGCCCCUCAUGCGAGCGUGUGGCAGUGUCGGAGUCCCAGUUUCGACCACAGAUUCGAUCAUGAAAGGACACAGUAGUCUAUAUAAAUUGCCCUCUUUUUCUUUUUCUUUUUUUCCUUCUUUUCAAUGGAAAGAAGCUUAUUUUGUAUGGCUUCUGUAGGUGAAAGAAAGGGGAAUUGGUGUAGUGACAUUCCAAAGGAAUGGAAAAAAAGGAUCUUGCUGUAUUGUUUAUUUAUUAUUACUGUUAUUUUGGGAAAAUAUUUUGUAGGAUUGAGGCUUUACGAAGCCGCACCUCAAAUCCCGUUUGAAAAUACAGUUUCAGCUUCACCUC